AGAACUCUCCAUUGACGAAAGUAUGGUUGGUUUCAAGGGUCGUACUACACUGGAACAGUAUAUGCCCAUGGAAGCAGUAAAAAGAGGAUUCAAAGUUUGGGUAAUUGCUUGUUAUCGGGCUGGUUACAACUUGGGUUUCAAGAUUUAUGAAGGCAAGGAGAAGGCAGUUGUAAAUAGCUAUAUUCUCUACUCAUAUACCAAAAAACAGACUAAGGAGAAACCUAUAUCUCAACCACAGUAUAGGAGUAUUUUAGCUAAUCAGCUAAUCGGUUCAUUCUCUGGCAGAAAAUCAAUGGGUCCUCUACCACAAACAAACAGGUCAUCUUUCACCUCAGUUUUCCACCUCGUCCUAGGUCUGCCUCUCCUUUUCUUCCCUCCUAUUGAAUGGACCCUCCCGGAUACAAUAAAGAAGCUUCUUCGAACUGAGGAAGAUCUUGAAAAUGCCCUGAUCCCAUCUGACGGCGACGGGGCUAUUUUAGAAACGACGCUUCAAGGAAAUGAAGGCGUUCUAAUGGAACAAGAUUCUGAACCUACCGGUACGAAUGUAUGCUGCGUUUGUCAAGAGGAAAGUUCUGGUGCACAUACCUGUUGCAUCUGUGGACAAAUUAUCCACGCGAUUUGCGCAGACAAUACUUUAGAAACUGAAGAGGGUUUUGGAAGUAAAGUAACGUGUCCGAGGUGUGCGCAAAAAGAAUGUAUGUCUGCAAAUAAAGAAAAGGCAAUUGAUGGUCUUCAAGCUCAAGCGGAUACUAUGAAAAAAUUGUCAAAUCAAAAGUUUCCUGCGGUUGAAGUGGGAAACACUGUUACGGUACCAAUUCCUUCUGUUGAUAGGGCUAAAGGUGAUGCUCGAAAUUUGCUUUGUGUUGUAACAGAGAAAACUGAGGACGGGUUCUAUAAAACCACAGCUUCUCAGCUUGUAUGGAUAGUGAUAGUUCAGAACUAUCUACUCAACUUACGUCUGAGAAUAAAAAAUAUGGAGUAUUUUGUUGGUAUGGCAUUGCAUGUAUCAGUUCAGCUACUAAAGAUUGGUGUGGCAGAAAUCACAGUCAAAUGUAGCACGAUAACAGUUACCUAA